CUGAGUUCCCAGUGACUUGUAAUUGUGACAACACAAGAAGAAACAAACAUGUUCUUGUCAAAUUUGGCAGUUGUUAUAGCAACAAGCAUGGUGCUUGUCCAAUGUCAUGAUUGUAAAGAUUAUGACCUAUCGGCAUCUGAGCAGUCUUUUCUGAUGAAACAUUACCUCCAUACCUCUAGAAAUGGGGAAGGCCUUUCAACAGGAAAACCAGCCGGCUCAGGUGUGACAUAUGUACGCUGGGGAAAGAAAGGAUGUCCAAAAGGAGUAGAAAUGGUAUAUACAGGACAAGCUGGUGGUAACCAGUAUACAAACAAAGGAGGAGGUGUCAACUAUUUAUGCUUACCAAAUGAUCCAGAAAACGGGCAGCCAAUCUCAGAUGGUAAUGACCAGUUAUUUGGUGCCGAAUAUGAGAUUGAAUCAUCAAACAAACCAUCAGGAAUGAAAAGUGAUAUGCGCCAAAAAGAGGUGUCAUGUGCUGUUUGCUACCAAAGAAAAAAAUCAACUAUUCUUAUGAUACCAGGGAGGAAAACCUGCUACAAUGGCUGGACAAAUGAAUACACUGGUUAUAUCAUGUCAGAUUAUAAGACUCACAGCAACAAGGACUAUGUAUGUGUUGACAAAGAUGCCGAGCCUGUCGACAAUAAAAAUGAAGAUGAAAACGGAGCUCUAUUUUAUCCAAUCAACACCAAAUGUGGCAGUUUGAGAUGUCCACCGUACAAAAAUACAGUAGCUGUUCACUGCGUUAUUUGUACAAAAUAGACAUUGUUGUUAAAUAAAGCAAAUAAAGCAAAGA